CUUAAGCUCUAUGAGCGCUGCUGCCUCACCAGUCCCCCCCUGCGGCUGAGAAAGAACAUUACACCGGGAUCCAUGCAGCCAGCAAUGAUGAUGUUUUCCAGUAAAUAUUGGGCAAGGAGAGGGUUUUCCUUGGAUUCAGCAGUGCCCGAAGAGCAUCAGCUACAUAGCAGCUUAAUUGUAAAUAAAGCUAACUCUGGCAAAAACGAUGAUAAGAAAGGCAACAAAGGAAGUAGCAGAGGUGAAACUACUGCUGAAAGUGGGAAGACAGCGGUUGUGUUCUCCUUGAAGAAUGAAGUUGGUGGAUUGGUAAAAGCACUGAAACUGUUUCAGGAAAAACAUGUCAACAUGGUUCAUAUUGAAUCCAGGAAAUCACGACGAAGAAGUUCAGAGGUUGAAAUCUUUGUUGACUGUGAGUGUGGCAAAAAAGAGUUCAAUGAACUCAUUCAGCUGUUGAAAUUCCAAACCACAAUCGUGACACUGAAUCCUCCGGAGCAUAUUUGGACUGAGGAAGAAGAGCUAGAAGAUGUGCUCUGGUUCCCCCGGAAGAUCUCUGAGUUAGACAGAUGCUCUCACAGAGUUCUCAUGUAUGGCUCUGAGCUUGAUGCUGAUCACCCAGGAUUUAAGGACAAUGUCUAUCGACAGAGAAGAAAGUAUUUUGUGGAUGUGGCCAUGGGUUAUAAAUAUGGCCAGCCUAUUCCCAGGGUGGAAUACACAGAGGAAGAAACCAAAACUUGGGGCGUUGUGUUCCGAGAGCUCUCCAAACUCUACCCCACUCAUGCUUGCCGGGAAUAUUUGAAAAACUUCCCUCUGCUGACUAAGUACUGUGGCUACAGGGAGGACAAUGUACCGCAGCUCGAAGACGUUUCCCUGUUUCUGAAAGAAAGAUCCGGUUUCACAGUGAGACCGGUGGCGGGAUAUCUGAGUCCUCGAGAUUUUCUGGCAGGACUGGCCUACAGAGUGUUUCACUGUACUCAGUACAUCCGCCAUGGCUCGGACCCCCUCUACACCCCAGAACCGGACACAUGCCAUGAACUCCUGGGACAUGUUCCGCUACUCGCAGAUCCCAAGUUUGCUCAGUUUUCACAGGAAAUCGGCCUGGCAUCUCUGGGAGCAUCAGAUGAAGAUGUUCAGAAGCUAGCUACAUGCUAUUUCUUCACAAUCGAGUUUGGCCUUUGCAAACAAGAAGGACAGCUACGGGCAUAUGGAGCAGGCCUACUUUCCUCCAUUGGUGAAUUAAAGCAUGCUCUCUCUGACAAGGCAUGUGUGAAGGCCUUUGACCCCAAGACAACUUGCUUACAGGAAUGCCUGAUCACGACCUUCCAGGAAGCCUACUUUGUUUCAGAAAGUUUCGAAGAAGCCAAAGAAAAGAUGAGGGAUUUUGCAAAGUCAAUUACACGUCCCUUCUCGGUAUACUUCAAUCCCUACACACAGAGUAUUGAAAUUCUGAAAGACACCAGAAGUAUUGAAAAUGUGGUACAGGACCUCCGCAGCGAUUUGAACACAGUGUGUGAUGCCUUGAACAAAAUGAACCAAUAUCUGGGCAUUUGAUUCCUGGAACCAGCAUAGAUGCCUGUGGGAUCUUUUGGGCUUAGUAGCAAUUCAGUCAAUCUCGUAUAACUCCAAUAACUUUCUGUCUCAUGCCUUGUCUAGUAAGCAUGCAAUUAUGUGUAUCUCUCUGUCUUCUUGUAACUUACUGUGUUAGUGUGUGAAACCCCAUAAGAACCAAUGACAGAUAACCACUCACUGUAGGGAAGAUUAUAAUACCUUUAAAUGUCUUAAAUAGACUUGACAUUCUCAUCUACCAUCCUUAACCAAAAUGUAUCUAUUUAAAUUUGUAAUGAAUAGCCCUCUUAAAAUUCUAGCUUAUGACCUUUUCUUUCUCAUAUCUGAGCUUUUCCUCUAUGUUCAUUAGAUAAAGUGAAAAUAGCCGUGAAGCUGUUUAUAUUUUCUCUAGUAUCAGUGUUUCCAUAGCAUUACUUAAGAUAAACACAGAAUUGUGUGAAUUUUCACAUUAACAUAAGCUUCAGUAUUCUGCUUCAAAAUUUAAGCUAGUGAACACUGUAGGUGAAUUUAUUAUUUUCUUUAGGCUGAGUAUUUCUACGCUGUAAGGAAAAAAGAACCUUUAAUAAGUGGAAUAUAUAGAUUGCACUGACCUUGUGUAAACUGAGUCGUGGCAUGCUUUCUAAAAUAUUUUGGAAGAAAAUACCUCCAGAAAGAACAUCAGAAAAGGCUAAUCAGUGGGGGAUAAAUCUUGAGGCUAUGAAUUUUAUGCUGGAAUAAAGUGAAUUUUGUGGUGUGCCUAUUUAAUUCUCUGAGAGGGCAAGACCGUUGAGCUUUGAUUUAAAAACUUUAGAAACAGAGUCUCAGAGAAGUUAAAUGAUACGCCUGUAGGACCAUAGGUAGCUGUACACCCACAUUUAUGGCCAUUGCAAUUGCUUUUGUAUUGCUAAGAAGUUUAUCUUAAUGUGCCUGAAUUUAUGUGUAGUCAGAGAAAGAAAACAUGCUUAUCAAUACCAGUGAUUAUCUCCAAAUAGAAUUUUAGUUUAUACCCAAAGGCAGCCAGCGGUACAGAUAUUUCCUUUCACAGCCCCAAACCAAGUCAGAUUUUGGGAAGUCAGGCAACUUGCCUGAAGUUUAGACACACAUGGGUAAGCAAUAGUGCUACAUCGCAAAUCUCUGGCCAUCUUUGCUCAAAGAGGCAUAAUUGGGUGGUUAA